AUGAAAUACUUUUUUGGCUUAAUUGUGUUAAAUGUAGGAGAAUUUUGGAUAAAACACGGUGAAAGUAUUAAUAGUAUACCUCUUGACCAUAGUGGUAAAGAGACUACAGAGGGACUUUAUAAGAGAUAUAAUGAUGAUUCACAAGAUCGAGAUAACUCUGACGAUGUGAUGUUUAAGGACAACCUUAAUGUUGACUAUUUAGAUGAAUUGACACAAAUUAUUGGGGAAAACUUACAAGAUUGUCCGGAAAUGUUUCAAACUCUCUGCAAUGAUGCAAAUAUACCAUUGUACAAAGGUUGUUCUAAAUAUAGUAAACUAUCUGCAUUAUUAAGAUUAUAUGCUAUAAAGGCACGUGGCUUAAUAUCUGAUUCGAGUUUCACGUCUUACUUGAGGCCUUUAAAGACAUGCUUCCAGAUGACAGUGAAGGAAUAUGCAUCACUAAAUUGUUGCCCAAUUUGUGAAGCUUCACGAUAUCAGAAAGAAAAUGUUCCAUCAAAAGUUGUGUGGUAUUUUCCAAUAAUACCAAGAUUCAGGCGGCUUUAUGGCGUUGCAGAAGAUGCAAAGAACUUAACUUGGCAUGUAGAUAGGAAAAAAAAAAGGGAUAGAAAACUUAAACAUCCAGCUAAUUCCCCACAGUGGAUUAAAAUUGAUAAUAAGUUUACUGAGUUUAAAUGUGAACCUAGGAACUUAUGCCUUGCCCUUGCAUCAAAUGGCAUGAAUCCUUUUGGAAACCAAAGCUCUUCUCACAGUACAUGCCCUGUUAUAUUAUGCAUCUAUAACCUUUCUCCGGAGUUGUGCAUGAAAAGAAAGUAUCUAAUGCUUUCAAUGUUAAUAUCCGGACCAAGACAACCUGGGAACGAUAUAGAUAUCUAUCUAGCACCACUAAUAGAAGAUCAAAAGAUGAUGUGGGAAUCAAGUAUCGAAGUGUUUGAUGCACAUCUCUAUGAGAAUUUUUCGGGUUACAGUGUCAAAGGGCAUGAGGUAUGCCCUAUAUGUGAUAAAGAAACGGCCUCAAAGAGGUUAAAAAAUUCAAAAAAAGUUGUGUUCUUAAGGCAUCACAGAUUUUUACCUGGCGAUCAUCAUUAUCGAAAAUUGAAAACAGUUUUUGAUGGCAAAGCUGAGAUAGAGAAAGCUCCGAUUCCAUUAACAGGGGAACAAAUACUUGAAAGGGUUGAAGGUUUAAAAGUAACGCACGGAAAACUUUGUGCGAAGAGUCUUCCAACUAGAGGGUACAAGAAGAGGUCAAUAUUUUUUGAACUUCCAUAUUGGAAAGACUUGUAUAUAAGACACUUUAUUGAUGUAAUGCACAUAGAAAAAAAUGUUUGUGAAAGUGUUGUUGGUACUUUGCUUCACAUAACUGGGAAGACAAAAGAUGGAAUUAAUUUUAGAUUAGACUAUGUUGACAUGAAUAUUAGGUCAGAGUUACAACUAGUUGAGAAUGAUAAUGGUAAUACAUAUCUACCAACAACAUGUUAA